GUGAGAAAUUGUGGCAGACGUAGAUUGCAAUACCGUACAUACGAAGCAAAAUCACAAGGAUAGCUACCGUUUUAUCCACAAGCCAACGAUUCACAAUGUCCAGGAAAUACGAUAAUUUCCUCGCGCAGUAUCCUGCAUCGGGAAAACUGACGGCAUAUUCAUUCGCUAAAAUUUGGGAACACUACGAUUCCAACAAUAGUGGUUAUAUUGAUGAAGAUGGAUUAGACUUGUUCUUCAAAGACUUACUGUGCACAAUGACUGAUGACAGGCAUGUCACGGAUGAGAUGGUAAGCGAUAUGAAAUCGUGCUUCAUGGAGGCUUAUGAUGAUGCUGGUGACGGAAAGAUUGCCAUUUCAGAGCUUGCUAAUAUACUUCGAACAGAUGAAAAUUUCUUGCUUCUUUUCCACCGAGAGGAACAGCUCGUUUCAAGUGUAGAGCUUAUGAAGGUGUGGCAGAAAUAUGACACAGACGGCACGAAAUACAUUAGCAGCUCUCAAUUAGAGAGCUUCAUUCAAGACCUGCUUAAGUUGCAUGGUAAAACUGAUAUUCCCAAAUCUAAACUUAUAGAAUACACAAAAGGAAUGUUAACGAUUUUUGAUAAGAACGAUGAUGGACAACUUUCACUCGCAGAAAUGGCAAGACUCCUUUCAAUUAAGCCACAAGACAACAUUAUUUUGCAAGCUGAGAAAUCUUUCAAGCACCUCAGUAUGAGAGAAAAGAAAGCGGAAUUCAAUCGAAUCUUCGACUACUACGAUAAGAGUAAAACGAAAGCAAUAGAAGGCGAAGAACUUGAUGCAUUUGUCAAGGAUCUUCUUGAGAAAAACCAAGCUGACACAAGCCCGAUGCAAAUUGAUCUCUUCAAAAGAUGUAUUCUGCAGAAUUGUGACAAAAAUGGAGACGGUAAAAUUCAAAAGGGAGAGUUGGAAACGUGCCUGGGGAUCUAUGCUGAUGUCAAUUAGUGAAAAUCACGAAGGUAAUUAGAAUUCGAGUUCUAAUUAGAAAUCGGCCGAUAUCAACGCAACGCUUCUUCGCUUCGCGUGUUGGUUUUUCGUCACCAGUUCCAAAAAUGGAGUAUUUACUUGUUCUGGCCUAUCAUUUCGCAUGGAUACAUUUUGGUCUAGUGUUUUACGGAUAGGUCUAUUGUUUCUUUUUCCAUUUAGAUAUUAUUAACAUGAAUAUGUAUAUUUUGAAUUAUACCACAUUAUUACCGAUAGUAUUAAUCUAGUUAAUUAGUGUUUAACCCAACCCAAUUAGUAUUUCGAUGUAUAAAGUUUUAAACCAAUAUUAUGAUAACAGGCGACUGAUAACUCUGAUAUACCAGUUCCACUGGAUUUCAGUCUACUUAAUUCAUUAAGCAAUGCUAUCACACUCACUAUGAUUUUGUGAUUCAAAGCUAUUUUUUACCCACCGACUUAUUUGGUAUUUUUGCCCAAACUCUUAGAACUAUUCUGUAUUGCUUAUAUAUCAACAUUUAUUCUGUCUAUACCUCAACAUCAACUCUACCUGACAAGGACUAAAGCCAAAUUAUUCUUACUUACUUAAAGUGAUGUAGCUUGAAUUAAACACUUUUUAGCUAUUUUGUAAGUUUUAUGAACGUUGUUAUUUAUUACCUGUUGAAAAUUACAUUACGCUUCAUCAUUUAUAUAUACAUGUUGACUUUAAAUCUAUUUUAUUAACGUACUUUUAACUUGCAAUCAUUGUUAAUGUUAAAAAAAAAAGAUUUGUGUCUUGGAAUUUGUAUGUUUGUUGCGUUCAUCUAAUGUUUAUGAAAUGACUUCAGAUUUUCUAUGAUACACAUGUUAUAAAGAUAUCAUAAUUUGACAUGUUCAUUGAUAUUAUGCAAAUAUUGGUUUGGGACUGCAGUAAGCUUUGUUUAAUGCAGAUUUUGACAAAUUUUAUAUUUUAAGUAAACAAUAUACCUGGAACCGUUAUAUAUAUUUGUGACUGUAGCCAGCUGAAGCCAACUCAUGUAUAAUCUAUACAUACAAAUUCACAAUAAACAUCUUCAGCAUUCGGAUAUAAAUCAAAUGUUUAAGUGAAAAAGAAAAGCGAACGUGUGAUUGAAUGAGUCAAGAUGUUUCAGUAACAUACAGUGCUGGUCGGUGCAUAUUUUGAUUAGGCCCAUGAAUUAAUAUAAAUUUGAAACUUUCUUUGGAGGCAACUAAAUGAUGUAUUUUUGUGAUCGUGCAAUAUUUUUGAUCAAUAUUAUCAUUCCAUCUUUACAUAAUAGGCCUAUUUUACAAACACAGGUACGGUAUGAAUCGGAUUAGGAAAGAAAUUGUCAAUUAUAGCCUGGUGUAUUGUACUACAGUAUUGUGAGGUGUUUUAAAUUCCGACGACAGUCUUACCAAACAUAUGUGAUAUUUUAUUACAAAAUAUCAGAUGUAAUGUUAACACUUUUAAUGGAAGCACGGGCUUAGCUUACGGACAAUAGUAUUUGCUUCGAGAGUAUAUUUGUUGCAAACCUAACACUUUCAAAGUGAGAACUCAAUUAUUCAUGCUGAUGCCAAAGUAAGAGUAUAUGUAAAAAAAGUUCCUGCUUUAAAUAUUACAAUGAAUAAAUGGAAACGGUGGUUUGUUUGGACGGAAUUUAUAGGAAUGUUCUAGUGGUAAUUUUUCAUCAGAAAAUCUUAAUACUACUGCACAAUAUAUAUUCAUACGUGUUUGUGACACGCUGUAACUUGCAUUAAAAUGCUAAACAUGGAAAGUACA